AGUAGCGACGAUUCAAUAUGGCGGUCUGAGUCAAGAAUUUAAAAUACAAUACAAACUGUAGUCAACAUGGCCCGACCAAGUAACUCCAGGGAGGCAAAGGAGCUCUAUGAAUUGAAACAAAGAGCAGUGGAGUAUUACAGCGAAAAUGGAGUGCCUAAAAAGAUGGAAGAACUACUAAAUUCCAUGUUUUAUGAUGACCCUGAAGAUGUUUAUGGACAUGUAGCUAAUUAUUUUGAAGGUUAUGCAAAAACUCCAACUAUAAAUAAAGUGAAAGCUAUGGAGGCAUUAGACAGCAAAGGACAGCCAACCUUACAAACAGAGGUGUAUUGCAAGAUUAAAAACUUUGAAAAGUUGGUGGCUAGUAGUACAUCAAACAGUCCGAACAGUCGUUUGUCUGAGGCUGCUAAGAUAGAAGAUAUUGAUGAAGAGAUGCAGGAAAAGAAAGAUUCAGUCACAGCUGCUGUUGGAUACAUCAAUGACACUCUCAAUGAUAAGCUUCACUUCCUGGAUCCCACCAACCAGAGUGAAGCAGACACUUUAGUCAGCAAUGAGAUAAAGAAACUACAAGAAGAUUUUGAAGAGAAGAAUAAAGAGCUAGAAGAGAAGGAACCAACACCACCACCUCAAGAGACUCCCCCACCAUCCAAGAAAGGAAAGUCACCAACCAAGAAAGGCAAGGGUCCCCCUGUGGUCAUCAUCCCUGAUGAGCCCUUGGAGAAGUUGUUCAGUGGCUGCAAUGCUGUUGGGGCCUUAUCAAAGGCGAUCUGUGAAGCUGGAGCACAAGUGAAAAAUGUCCCUCUGUAUGAACAUAUAGCAACACUCAGGCUAAAACAGGCUCCAGGGAGCUAUACCCUACCAGUCCCCAUGGUGACAAUAUUACAGAGCGGCAAAGCAGCUCCUGGUAAACUGAAUUGUGUCAAAGAAUUCAUGAUUACCCCAAAACCUGGAAUGCCUGUACAAGAGGCUGCGAAACACAUCUCAAACAUUUAUCAAGUCAUUGCCAAACAGUUGUUCCAAAAGACAGGGAUUGCUGCCAAGUUUGUCAAUGACAAUGGGGCCCUAGUGCCUACAAUGGACCGCCCAGAACAAGGGUUAGAUAUGAUCCAAGAGGCCAUGACGCUCCUAGAACUCACUGCAGGAGAAGACUUCCAUAUUGUCAUAAAUGCUGCUGGUCAGGAAUGUUUUGACUUUGACAAGGGGAAGUAUGAAGUGACAACUGGCCAACAGAAGACAGCGGAGGACACUGUUGAAUUCUGGGUAGAGCUACUUAACCGUUACCCUUCUGUCAUUGGUCUAAUCGACCCACUCAGGAAACAGGAUAAAGAAUGCUGGAUGAAACUUUGUGACAGGAUUACAGAAAGAUUGUUCAUGAUUGGAGAUCACGUCUAUCACAGACCAGGUUUGCUAAAUGAUGAAGAAAUCAAUGUGGAUGAUUUCAAGACAAGUGGCAUAUCAUUACGCUAUGAGCUGAUGACAAGCGUGACAGACAUUAUCACAUGUAGCGACAAAGUGAAACAGAAUGGCAAUAUUGUCAUCCUAUCAGCCAAUCAGGCGGAGACACCAGAUACAUUUAUAGUAGACCUGGCUGUUGGUCUGGAGGUAAAGUUUCUGAGAAUAGGAGCUCCAUGUCGAGGCGAGAGAAUUGCAAAAUUAAAUAGACUCUCACAAAUAGAAGCUCAGCUAACACAACAGAAAAUAACUGAACAAAUAUUUUAUGAAUUUCCCCACAUUCAGCCUCCACCACCACCAGAGCCUGAGGAAGGAGAACUGGUUGAACCAGAACCCGAGAAAAAUAAAUCUACUCCAAAGAAGAAAUAAUAGAACCAUAUAAAAGAACAAAAUGUGUACAUCUACAAAUCUGUUUACAGCCUUCUGCCUCUUUAGAUAAAUCACCUUACGUUUAGUUGAUCAAACUUGGGACAUUCCUAAUGAACAAAAAUGCUGAUUAAAUAUACAUGCAGCUAGAGCCUACAUCAGAAAACUGAAUCAAUUUCCACCUGUUUGGGCUCAAUGUGCCACAAACCAACCAAAGUGACAGUUAAGGGAAGUAUAGUGUGGACCUUACAGUAUUUGAAAUUGCAAAAUUUUACAUUUGAUUUGACAAUGUAUGCGGAAACCACAAAUAGUUUAAUCAAAAUAAAGAACCAUUAAAUUAUU